AUGGCCCCCGAACCGCGGGCCGUUCGCGAGCUGGGCCUGCUCUCCUCCCCCGCUUCCCGUCCCUCGGUUGACCAGGCCAACUCCGAGCUGAAAGCCCUGCAGUUUCGGGCGGUGACGGACUACAACCGACUACGAGACGGGGUGGCUCGCCUGGGCAGCGAUGCCGACACGGUGCGCGCGCGCCAGCAGCUCAGCAGCUUUUCACAGAGCUUCAGAGACUUGGCCGUGGAGUUCAAGCAGAAGGUGGCCUCCCACCCGGCUCGGGACGCUGCCUCCACCCAGAAGCUCAUCCGGGAUUUCCAGAAGCAGGCGCUGCUGGCGACCGAGAACGCGCUGGUGUUCAACGAGGCCCUGAUCGAGGAGCGCGACGCGGCGGUGCGCGCCAUCGGCGGCCAGAUCGGGGAGGUGCACCAGAUCUUCCAGGACCUGGCGGUGCUGGUGUCGGACCAGGGCGCGGCGCUGGAUGACAUCGAGGCCAACAUCUCGCGCGCCGCGGCGCACACGGGGGAGGCCAACGUGCAGCUGGUGCAGGCGGAGCGCAGCCAGCGCGCGGCGCGGGGCUCCUGGUGUGUGUUGCUGGCCGCCGCCGCCGCCAUCCUGCUGGUCCUCAUCCUGAUCAUCGCCGCGUGA